AUGAGCGUCAACACGCCCACGGCGGAGAAGCCGCUCCCCGGCUUCGACAUUGUCUCGACGUACCGGUCCAUCCUCGCGGGCGACGCGGAGCUGACCAUGCCCGUGGCCGCCAUCGAGGCCCUCGUCGAAGCCAUCGCCCACUCGUCCGUGUCCACCGUCGCCGAGACGCUCGCGCUCCUCGAGCACCACACGGCCGUCCUCAAGGCCGAGAUUGCGAACCCCAUCUCCCUCUCCGCCGGCACCGAUCUCUUCCAGCGGUACCUCAUCACCACCCUGAACAGACCCGCCGCCCUGAACCUGGGCCCCGGGGACGACUUCAGGGCCAUCCGGAACCAUCUGCUCUCCAACGGCCGCCUGUUCGUCGAGCGCGCCAAGCAGAGCAGGGAGAAGAUCGCGAGCUUUGGCAAGCACUUCAUCCGCGACGGCGCCACGGUCCUCACCAACGGCGGCUCCAGAGUGGUUGGCGCGCUGCUGCGACGCGCUGCCGAGUCCAGCACCAUGCGCUUCCGCGUCGUCUACGUGCUGUCGGGCUCAGCGUCCUCGGACACAAAGGAAGGCGACCAGAUUGUCGCAGACCUGCGCGCCCACAACGUCCCGGUCGCCACGGUGCCCGACUCCGCUGUUGCGUACUCCCUGGGCGAAGUCGACAUGGUCAUUGUCGGCGCAGAAGGCGUAGUCGAGAACGGCGGCAUCAUCUCCAGGCUGGGAACGUACCAGCUGGGUCUGCUGGCCAAGAGCAAAGGAAAGCCUUUCUACGUCGUCGCCGAGAGCCACAAGUUCGUCAGGCUCUACCCGCUCAGCCAGUUCGAUCUUCCCAUCGAGCAGAAGGUCCUCGAGUUCCGCGUCGCCGACGACAAGGGCACUUCAAAGCCCUCAGAAGACGAGGGCUUCUUCGACAUGCACGGCUCCACCAAGAAGUGCUCUGGCAUCAAUGCCGACGAUGCCGUGGACUUCACUCCACCCGAUCUCAUCUCGGGCAUCAUCACAGAGUCCGGCGUGCUGACGCCCUCCGCCGUGUCCGAAGAGCUGAUCAAGAUCUGGUUCUGA